GUAUUAAUAGGACUUAUGUUUGGUGGAGCAAAAGGCGUAUUAAAACAUUUUGAAUCACCUAAAACAAUAAUUAAAAUUGGUGCUAUAUUUCCACAAGACACUGUCACAGAAGUAGCAUUCGCGUCUGCCCUUGCGCAAGCGACUAUGGAGAGCGAACAUUACAAUUUUGAAAUGGUAGUGGAGUACUCUCCUUACGGUGAUAGUUUUACGGCUUCUAAAGCAGCUUGUAAACUUAUCUCCAGCGGAGUGGUGGCCAUUUUUGGCCCCACCGAUGAGACAUCAGCAGCAGUAGUUGCUGCUAGAGCCAGAGCCGUAAAGAUACCACAUAUCCAGGCUGUAUGGCGACCGCCUCCCGUGCGUUCCUUGGAGCGUCCCAACCCGCCCGGCGUCAACCUAUACCCCGAAGCUGUAGCGCUUUCUAAGGCGGUCGCGAUUUUCAUAAAGGACAGCGACUGGAACACCUAUACGAUGCUAUAUGAUGACGAUCAAGGUCUCAUAAGAUUUCAAGAAAUUAUUAAGCGCGCGGAUCCUAAUCAUAGAUGGAUUAUAAAAAAACUGACACCUGGCGAAGAUAAUCGCCCACUUCUUAAGACUCUGAAAGCUACUGGAGAAACCAGGGUUAUUUUGGACUGCGCAGCUGACAGAGUUCUGGACUAUUUACGACAAGCGAAUGAAGUGAAGUUCUUUGAAGAUUAUAUGAGCUACGUCCUUAUGUCCUUGGAUGCCCACACAUUAGAUUUGGAAGAACUUCGCAAUGGUUUAUCCAAUGUUACUUGUCUAAGGAUUUUUGAUCAUUCCGAUCCCAGAACGGAAUCUGUCCUAUUAAACUGGAAAACAAGAGAAUCUUCUAACGUGAAAAUACCUAAAGAAUCACGUAAAAUAACCGUAGAAGCCGCUUUAGCUAAUGAUGCUGCUAGACUUAUAACGGAUGCUGUAGAAAGUGCUCCAGAAGAGUUUAAAAUAGAAGCGCAAGAAAUCAAAUGCGGCUCAGAAAAUAAAUGGAAUAUUGGGGACGAUUUCUUAAAACAUAUAAUGACGAAUCCGAUCACAGGAAUUACAGAUAAAGUAACAAUAGACAGCGUAACAGGUGAACGAACGAAUUUCAGUGUAGAAGUGAUGGAGUUAUCCAAUAGUGGAUUUAAUAGCAUAGCGAAAUGGAACCCUGAUAAAGGUUUUGAUUAUGGAAGAUCUGCCAGUGAUGUUUCUAAUCUUUUAGCGGAAAAAUGGCAAAACAAAACUUUUAAAGUAGUUUCUCGUAUUGGCGCGCCAUACCUAAUUGAACGGAAGCCUAAAGAAGGAGAAACCUUGACUGGAAAUGAUAGAUAUGAAGGAUACUCGAAAGAUCUGAUACAUGAAAUAUUAAAAGAAACUUUACACUUGAAUUACGAAAUUGAAAUCGUGCCAGGAAACGGAUAUGGCUCUUAUUCUAAGGAGAAACAAAAGUGGGACGGCCUAAUCGGACAUCUUUUGGAAAGGAAAGCAGAUUUAGCAAUUUGCGAUCUAACCAUCACCUAUGACAGAAGGUCUGUGGUGGAUUUUACUACCCCUUUCAUGACAUUAGGUAUAAGCAUUUUAUACGCAAAAGCAGCACCACCUCAAACUGAACUCUUUUCAUUUCUUAAACCAUUUUCUGUUGAUGUGUGGAUUUACAUGGCUGCUGCUUAUUUGAUGGUGUCUUUGAUGCUUCACAUCUUAGCCAGAUUGGCUCCAAACGACUGGGAAAACCCUCACCCUUGUGACAAAUCACCAGAAGAGUUAGAAAAUAUAUGGCAUAUCAAAAAUUCCUGUUGGCUAACGAUGGGAUCCAUUAUGACACAAGGCUCGGAUAUUUUGCCUAAGGGGUAUUCGACCCGCUGGGUGUGUGGUCUUUGGUGGUUCUUCGCCCUGAUCAUGUGUUCGUCCUACACGGCCAACCUGGCCGCCUUCCUCACCAACGCUGCUAUGGACGACUCCAUCAAGAGUGCAGAAGAUCUGGCUAUGCAGACUAAAAUCAAAUACGGCACCGUUUUGGGAGGAUCGACGUAUUCGUUUUUUAAGAAAUCAAACGUAUCCACAUAUCAAAGGAUGUGGGCGGCAAUGGAGUCUGCUCGUCCGUCUGUUUUCCUAAAAAAUAACGACGAGGGUGUGGACAGGGUGUUGAAAAGCAAGAGGACAUACGCCUUCCUAAUGGAAUCCACAGCUAUAGAAUACCAGUUGGAGAGGAAAUGUGAGCUGAUGCAAGUGGGAGGUCUACUCGAUUCCAAGGGCUAUGGAAUAGCAAUGCCGUUUUUUUCUUCGUACCGCACAGCCGUCGAUAAUGCUGUGUUGAAGCUAGCAGAAAGCGGCAAACUGGUUGAGCUCAAAAACAGAUGGUGGAAACCUGAAGUGGAAGUGUGUGUGUCCGUGGAGGCCGGAGAAGAAGGAGCAGCGGCCGAGUUGGGCAUAGAGAACGUGGGCGGCGUGUUCGUGGUACUCGGCAUUGGAUGCGGCAUCGCGGCGGCCAUGGGAUUUCUUGAAUUCAUGUGGCAUGUCCGGGAGGUUGCUAUAGAGCAGAAGAUGACCCAGUCCGACGCAUUUUGGGCAGAAUUGAUAUUUGCUCUAAGUUUUUGGGAAACUGAAAAGCCAGUUCAACAUUCGCGUCCUUCUUCUUCGGCGUCUUCAUCAAAACAUGGCUCCAGAGCUUCAUCCGUCCUCAGGUCAGCUGCAGACUUGUUCAAGAUAGACUUCUUAAAUAAAUAG